AUGGCGCCGCGCGCGCUCGCCGCGCGCGCGCGUCCGGCGCCGAUUCGCGCGCGCGCUCGAAGAGAACGUCGUCGCGCUCUCGCGUCGUCGUCGAGCGCGAGCGACGAGCUGUGCGCGCGCGUGGACGAGCUGAAUGCAUUCGUCGGCUGCGAGACGCGCGCGGUGACGGUGCGCGAGCGCGCGCUCGGCCGCGGCGCGUUCGGCGUCGUCCUGCGCGCGUCUCGCGACGGCGGCGUCGGCGCGCUCGACGCGCUGGUGACGCGGCGGAGCGAGACGAAGGACGUGUGGCCGGGCGGGACGGACGCGGCGACGAGCGGCGUGGUGCGCGCGACGCGAGGGCGCGACGGCGAGGCGGCGGCGGCGGAGACGUACGAGGAAACGAUGCGACGGGAGCUGGAGGAAGAGCUCGGGAGCGAUGCGGCGAGAGGCGCGAGCGUGCGGGAGUUGUUCACGUUUCCGUACGAGGACGCGUACAUGCGAGUGUUCGGCGCGUGCUUUGAAAUCGUGCUCAGGGACGACGCCGAAAUCGAAUUCGCGGACGGCGAAGUGGCGGCGGCGAGAUUCGUGAGUCUGGAUGAGUUGGCGAGGAGCCUGAGAGAGGGGCGGGAGAAUUUCACGCCGAUCGGGAAGUACGUGCUGGAGUCGUACUUGGCCUUCGUCGAGACGGGCGCGCGGCCGCCCUCGGCGUGGGCCGAGCGGCGCGUCGAACCUUCGUGA